AUGAUUCUUUCUUUUCGCGGAAACUUUCUCUGGCCAUGGUUUCUGUUCAUUGUCUCUUCGUGCGUGUUAGCUGAAGUUGAUCCGAUUGUUAUUAAGGGCUCCCAUUUCUUCUAUAAAACCAAUGGGUCUGAAUUCAUCAUUCGUGGUGUGGGAUAUCGAUACGUGGAUCCAUCUAAGAACGACCCGCUUGCGAACAUACACGAAUGGUGUGGAAGAGAUGUCCCAAAACUCCAAAACAUAUCUACAAAUGUCCUUCUUGUUGAUGGCGUUGCUCCGAACACCGACCACGCCGGAUGUAUGGAAUUGCUUGCAGAUGCUGGCAUCUAUGUCCUCGUAAACUUAAUUCCAUACGACCCAGAUCCCUCCCAAUAUAAUUAUGAUAUGACGGUAUACAACGACUCGAUGAAAUUGAUAGCCAACAUGGCGAAAUUUACAAACACUCUAGGGUUUUAUACCCCAGCGAUGAAAAUGUUCGACGACUCUCUACCUGCGUACCCAUUAUCGAAGGCCCUCAUCCGGGAUGCGAGGCAGUAUAUCAGUUCGAACGGCUUCCGCAAUAUCCCGAUCGGCAUGACAAUAGAGUCUGGUAUUACCAGGGGUGAAGAUUAUGUAGAUAACGCCUUGGACUUUGCCAGCUGCGGUGACGUCCGAAGUGACUUCCUAGCCUUGCACUUAGGCAAUGACACAUGCCCACCGAGUAGCUGGAUCAACAGGCAGGCAGAGCUCUUCGCAGAUGCAUCCAUGCCUGUCUUUCUCACUAGUACGGCAUGCAAUAAUAAAUUCAAUGCCAACGAUACGGCAAAUUAUCCACUGGAGACAUUGUACAGAAACAAUGUCACCACGAGCUUGGCUGGAGGAAUAUUUUAUGAGUACUUCGCGACAUUGCAAGAUCCAGGUUUAUGCACGCCAGACUCAAGGUUCGAGCACAUUAUGGUAGAGGGGGAUGUGUAUAGCCACCUUUCAUCCAUAAUGGCCUCAAUCACUAUUCCAACCAUCAGCGCCGCCCAGUACACCCCACCUCCCUCUAAAACCACAAGCUGUCCAACGGCGAGCGGAGAAUGGAAACCUCCUGGCAGCACGCUCCCGUCAACCCCACACCAGAAUAUUUGCGCCUGCAUGAUGCAGACAUUAGAUUGUGUCGGAAACGAAGUCGUCAUAGACAAGCUCAGAGAUCCUAAUAAACUCAUCGGUUACAAUCGGCUGGCGUGUGGUUAUAACUUGACCGAUUGUCCUGGGACUCGAUGGAACCAGUCGCGAGGAGAAUACAACGCUUUCAGCUCUUGCUCACUCGCCGAACGGCUUUCAUGGGAUCUCACGUACUGGUCGAAAUACAACAACAACAGCGAUGGCAGCUGUGAUAUCAAAGGCUACAUAAACCCCAGUUCCGGCAACCUCUCCGACUACGCUGGCGCGAUGACGAAACAAACACCGUCGAAUAAUCUCACCGCUGAAUGCAGAUUUCUCCUCGACCAGGCUGGGGUCAACGGCACUGGCACAAUCACGAACUUCGAUUUCGCCAGAGCAACUGCUUCGCCUACUCCAACCCGCAACCCGGGAAAGCAGCCAGCCACCCUCUCCAUUGGCGCAAAAGCAGGGAUAGCCCUCGGCGCAGCGGUGGCCGUUAUCCUUGUCCUGCUCCUCGCGCUGUUCGUCCUGCAUCGCAGGAAACAGGCCCGGAAAUCAGAAGCGAAUUUCGAUAAGCCGGAGUUAGAUGGCACGGGCGUAGACAUUGUCGAGAAAUAUCAGGGGAGGGAGCUAGGGGCGGAGCAUGUGGCCGAGAUGGAACAUCUGCCUGCGGAGGUGUCGACGGUGCAUGAUCCACCUGUGGAGUUGCAUGGGAAUGCGAUUGUGGGUGAGAUGCCAACGGUGAAUGAUCAGUCGGCGGAGUUGCAUGGGGAUACCAUUGCGGUGGAGUUGGGUGACAGGUCACCGGAAGGCGGGAGGCAGUUGGAGAGGUUGAGUUGGGUGGAGACGCCCACGGCGAUGAGAAAGGGGAGUGGAUAGCUGGG